UGCACAGUCUUAGGUUUUGUUCUUCCAUCUGGCAGACACAAGGUUGCAAUCAAAAACAUUACAAAAGGAUAAAUGCUAUUUUAACAUGCCACAGUUAAAUCCUGCUUUCGCGUAGCUUCAUUUGACUAGGCAUGCCCCUUAACAUCAGUAUUUUAUAUUAAAGAAUCUCAAAAUGCACCAGCACAGCUCGUCAGUCAAAUAAAUUAAUAAAUAAACAGAGAAUAUUCAUACUUGUCAUACUAACAAACCACCCCGCUCAAUCACAGACUUGUCUCAUCUUUUUACUCUUGACAGUCAUAUCAUUACAGCAGUCAUUAUAACAUUAUGAUUAUUGUAGCAGUGAAAUAUGCAAUGAUCUUUUUCAUUUAGCUAGAUGUAUCACUUUUCCACUGAAGGUGGAAAAACUCACCAGUGUCCGUCACUCAUGUGUUUUUAACAGUUUCUAUACAACCCUGCAGCUCCUCAGCACAGAGGAGUAAGAUGCACACACUUGUUGGUAGGGCACAUUCAUUUGUAUCCUGGACUUUUCAUUCAAUUUGUUGGCAAUAAUGUGAAAAUAUAUAAUAUAAAAUAAUGUAUUAGCAUCACUGAGAGUCUGUUAUUUAGCCUGGACCACAGAGAAUUUCUAAACAUGCCAUUAUAUGAGUUCCCAAUUCAAAAUGCUUUCCCAUCAACAUCUAUUAGUGAGUUUAUAGAUUUUGUUUUUAAUUAUCCAAUCACACUGAACCUGCAGAGCCAUCUGUGAGGUGGGCCAACCAGCUUGCGUUUAAGCUGCUGCUGUCUCUCUGGACCAACCACAAUGUGACCCUGUGACCCCUGCAGGCACUGAGAGGUCAACAAGUCAUAGACGACAGUCCGGAACUCGCUGUGGGGGCCUUUUUUAUCCUGAUGAGGGUUGCAUGGUAAUAGAGUGCUCGUCGGUCUUCAGAGAAAUGUAAAACUGCCCUAGAUAAAACAGAGGAUGGAGAUGAAAAAAAAAAAAAGUUUUGUUUUGCAGCUGAAAGAAAAAGAAAACAGACCCGCUCGGACAGGAGGAGGUUUAGAUCACUUUUUCAUCAGAGGAAAAUAAAAAUGCCACGCUCCUUUUUGGUGAAACUGCCAAAGAUUCACGAUUUCUCCUCUUCCAACUACUACUAUCAUCAUCAACAUCAGCAGCAGGAGCAGCACUGGGAUGACUCUUACACCGUGACACAUGCCAUCACUGAGUCAGCCACCAACUUGGCGGUGCGUCUGAGUGAAAACAGCUACAUCCAGGAUUACAUCAUCCCUUCAGUGUUUAAGAGCACAAAGGAGUCAAGUCAUGAGCAGACUGGGCUCACAGCAGGGCCCCUGUACUCCCCAGGGGGCAGCAGCGGGGAAGAGUUCUCUGACCACGACAUGGAAGAUCCGGACAGCCCCGUUUCUAGUGCCACAGUUGAGUCGGACAGCAGCAGCCCUGAAACGGAGGCAUGCACAAUCAGUGGCUUUCUCAUCUCUGAUGGUCGCUCGCACCGGAGGCCUAAACAGAGAUGCUCUCACAUGGAAGGGAGCCAUUUGGACAGCAACGAGGGAAGCAGCUCAACAGAUUGCAGCCCCGCCAAAGGAAAAUCCAAAGAACGUCAUGUGUGCAGUGAGUGUGGCAAGUCGUAUGCCACAUCCUCCAAUCUGAGUAGGCACAAGCAGACUCACCGAAGUCUGGACAGUCAGCAGGCCAGGAAAUGUCCAACCUGCCACAAAGUUUAUGUGUCUAUGCCGGCUCUGGCCAUGCACAUGCUGACCCAUGACAUGAAGCACGAGUGCAAGGUGUGUGGCAAAGCUUUCAGCCGGCCUUGGCUCCUGCAGGGUCACAUGAGGUCUCACACUGGGGAGAAACCGUUUGCCUGUGCUCACUGUGGCAAAGCCUUUGCUGACCGCUCCAACCUGCGUGCCCACAUGCAGACGCACUCAGCUUUCAAACACUACUCCUGCAAACGUUGUCGUAAAAGCUUCGCGCUCAAAUCCUACCUGAACAAGCAUUAUGAGUCGGCCUGUUUCAAAGGGCAGUCAACAGAGGGUGACUGCAGCUCUGAGGACUGAAAGGACAAUCCUUUCUUCUUUAUAUGUUUUUUUUUUCUAGUUCAAAAAUCUGAGUCAGAGGACGGCUUGUGACUUCUCAGACUUUUCAAAUGCAUGUAUCAAAACCCUGCCUUUUGACAUAAGCAAAACCUCACAGUAAAUUCUUCAGGAAACAUGUAGAAAAAUUCAUAAAAAAUCUCAGUGUUGAUUACAAAUGCAAAAUAUUUUAUAUUCUUUUUAUAGAUUGCAAUAAUUCACACAUCACUAUCAUUUGAUAUAUCACCAAGCUCUUAAUUUAUCUCAGAUGGUUUGGUUACUUGCAUAAUAUAUUUGCAUAUUUAUUAACUUAUUUAACUAUUUAUAUGCCAAUUUGAAGAUUAUUUAUUUAUUAUGGGUUAAUGUAUUUGUCAAUUUAACAUGUUUAAGAAGCCAGGUGCUGGAUUUGAUGAGAACAAAAGCCAAAGUAUACUCUGAUAUAGUAUAUUUGCCUGUCUGAUCAAUUUGGUAAUGACAAUAAAAACAGUGAGU